UGACGCAUGCGCCUUGAGUCUUGAACUUACCGUUGACAUGGAAAAAUACGACUUUGCCGGAAUCUGCUUGAUUACGUACGACUUCGCUACCCACAACUUUACACAGAUGGUGUCAGUUUAAAAGCAGAUUUAUUCGUCAAAACUAAAAUCCAUCAUUUUACUCUCCCACAAGGUGUAAGCAGGGAGGCUGAUAUCCAUCCCUCAGGUUCCCAGGGAUCCCUCAGCUCGACCUGAUGAAAGCCGAGCAAGACGGAGACCUCCUUGAAGAGGACUCCCCUCAGGACAAUGGAGUCCAGACAAACCAGUACAGCUCCAUCUCUCCUCCUGCAUCACCUGUGGCCCAGGAAGAACCCUUCUCCACCUACUUUGAGGAUAAGGUGCACAUUCCCGAGAAUGUCAGCCAGGUAUUCAGUUUCCGUAAACUCUGGGCCUUCACUGGACCAGGCUUUUUGAUGAGCAUUGCUUACUUGGAUCCAGGGAACAUUGAGUCCGACCUUCAGUCUGGAGCUAAAGCUGGCUUUAAGCUCCUAUGGGUGCUCCUUGGAGCCACCAUCAUCGGGCUGCUGCUGCAGAGGUUAGCUGCACGCCUCGGGGUCGUCACAGGGAUGCACCUGGCUGAAGUCUGCAACCGCCAAUAUCCCAUGGUUCCUCGGAUCAUCCUAUGGAUGAUGGUGGAGCUGGCAAUUAUUGGCUCAGACAUGCAGGAGGUCAUUGGCUGUGCCAUAGCUCUCAACCUACUCUCCGUGGGCAGGAUUCCACUGUGGGCAGGAGUCCUCAUCACCAUCACAGACACAUUUGUGUUCCUCUUUCUAGACAAAUAUGGCCUGAGGAAACUCGAAGCUUUCUUUGGCUUUCUCAUCACUGUCAUGGCUCUUAGCUUUGGUUAUGAGUAUGUGCUGGUAAAGCCAAACCAAGCGGAGCUGCUAAAGGGGAUGUUCUUACCUUACUGUGCUGGCUGUGGACCUGUGCAGCUGGAGCAGGCAGUGGGAAUUGUAGGCGCUGUCAUCAUGCCGCAUAACAUCUACUUGCACUCAGCACUGGUCAAGUCUAGAGACAUUGAUCGCAAGAAUAAGAAGGAAGUAAAGGAAGCCAACAAGUACUUCUUCAUCGAGUCCACUAUCGCUCUUUUCAUCUCCUUCCUCAUCAACGUCUUUGUCGUAGCAGUCUUUGCUCAGGCUUUCUACAAUAAGACCAAUGCUGACGUGAAUGAAUCUUGUAAUAAAACCGGCAGCCCUCACACAGAUCUCUUCCCUCUCAACAACAACACACUGGAGGUGGACAUCUACAAAGGGGGAGUGGUCCUGGGCUGUGUCUUUGGCCCUGCAGCCCUCUACAUCUGGGCCAUAGGGAUCCUGGCAGCUGGACAGAGUUCCACCAUGACAGGCACUUACUCUGGGCAGUUUGUCAUGGAGGGUUUCCUGAACCUAAGGUGGUCCCGUUUUGCCAGAGUGCUGCUGACCCGCUCUAUUGCCAUCACGCCUACACUGCUGGUAGCUAUUUUUCAGGAUGUUCAGCAUCUGACUGGGAUGAACGACUUCCUCAAUGUGCUUCAAAGCAUGCAGCUUCCAUUUGCUUUGAUUCCAAUUCUGACCUUCACAAGUCUGACAUCCAUAAUGAACGACUUUGCAAACGGAUUGGUGUGGAAAAUCUGUGGAGGCAUCGUCAUCCUGGUGGUUUGUGCAAUCAACAUGUACUUUGUGGUCGUUUACGUGACGUCACUGAACAGUGUGCUGCUCUACGUUUUCGCUGCUCUGCUUACCGUGGCCUAUCUGUGCUUUGUGGGCUACCUGGCAUGGCACUGUUUGGUUGCCUUGGGUGUUUCCUGCCUGGACUUUGGCAGCAGGACACAAAUGGGACUGUCACGACAUACAGACAUUUACUUACUGAGUGACAUGGACUCUGAUACUCCGGUGGAGAGAUGAGAGGACGCGAUGACCUGACUGAAGCGUGGGACCACUGAAGCUCGCCCAGUAUGUGUUUGUCUUUGCCGCUCUGUGCCUUACCUGUUGUUAACUGUCCUUACAGCACACAGUGUAGCACACUGACAGAUCAUGCUGUUUGAAUCGAUGAUGGGCGUUUUCCAGCACAAGCGACUCAACAACCUUAGCUAAAUAAUGUUUAUGCAAGAAGUAUCUGGGCUCUAAAGAGAGAUGUGGGUUAAAGAUUUGGCGUCCCGUGACAUCUUAAACGACUAAUCCACUACAAGUUAACACCAUGACUUCAGUUAAAGACAAGACACUACUGUGAUGAAAUGGCCAUUCGACAUUCAGAAAUCACACAAUAACAAACUCAGUAUUCCACAUUGUAGAGUCAUGAGUUCAGAGACACAAGUUGAGUGCUUUUAGCCAGUAACCGAUGUUGUGGACCUCUAGUGUGGCUCCAGGCUGCAGAUUAGACAGUCUAUUAUUGUUUUUCUUUUUUUUAAACCUUCUUUCUGGUUUAGCUGACAUGAAAUGGACAAAUCUGAUUUUCCCCAAUAUCACCCCACCCCCCCCCUUAGAGUGCGAAUAGCAAGAUACACAAAGUCUGAUGUAAAUUUUAUUUGUAAAACCUCAAUGUCCUAAGCUGCGGCAUUAUGUUAACAAUUUUUAUACCUUUUUUAUGCUUGAAUUUCAUAUUAAAAUAAAAUCGGAUUGAUUUGUCUAGAUGUUAAUAUUAGACUAAUAAACAUUUAAUUUAAUAUUAAUAUAUGGAAUGCAAACACAGCACUUGAAUAGCUUACAAGGUAUUUAUGUCAACUUUUUUUUAUACUAUAUAACAGAGUGACAGUUUUAUGUCAUUUUAUGUACAGUUAUGCAGUCUAUUUUACAUUCUUGGAGGUAACAUGCUGUCGGUUACAAAGUCUUUUGGAGACUGGUUGUAAAAAAACGUCUGCUAUUUGUAAACUAUUCAAAGCCAUUAAAGCCAUCAUUUGUAGGAUUUCCUUAUUUCACUGAUAAUACAUGUGUGCAUUUUCCCCGUUUAAUAAAUAUAUGAAUUUUA